AUGCCACGGUCAGACUCGGACUAUCGGGAUCGAAGAAGAUCGACCCGUUCUCCGUCUUCAGAUAUCGAUCGAGAACGACGAAGAAGGGACCGAGAUGACGAGUACUACUCCAGCAAAUAUGACCGUUUGAGCUCCAAAGACGAGAGGCGCAGAAGACGCUCUUCUCGCAGCCCCGUGGACAGUGACAGAGAUCGGCGAGAUUAUCACCGUCGCCGGGAGAGGCAACGUUCGGAAAGCGUGGAUGGAAGCAGCAGGAGGCACAGAAGUCCGGACGAAGACUACGAUUCUCAUCGCAGACGGCACCGCGAACGCGAUGACUACUACAGUGAUAGAGACAGAGAACGACGGCGCAGCACAUCGAGAUCCCGUUCCCCCACGUCGCGACGACGUCGAAGAUCGGUUGACCGACGCUCGCGCAGUCGCUCUCCCCGUGCGCCCGUGCGAUCGCGGGACCCUCUGCCAUCGCAAAAGGAGGCGUUCACCUCGAAGGAAGUUUCCAAGAAAUCCUCUCCCCCUCCCCAAAAAGAGAAGCCCAACUUUGCCAACACCGGUCGUCUCGCGGCAGAAAGCAAUGCCGUCACCGUCAAUGGCAGCACCGUCGUGUUGAAGUACCAUGAGCCUCCCGAGGCCCGAAAGCCCCCUCCGAAGGACGACUGGCGUCUGUAUGUUUUCAAGGGGAAUGACCUGCUGGAAGUGGUUCAGCUGAGCGAGCGCAGCUGCUGGCUGAUCGGGCGGGAGAAACUGGUGGUGGAUUUCCCGGUCGAGCACCCGAGCUGUUCCAAGCAGCACGCGGCGAUACAGUUUCGCUACGUGGAGAAACGCAACGAGUUUGGCGACCGACAGGGGCGUGUUCGACCGUAUCUAAUCGAUUUGGAAAGCGCCAACGGAUCGAUGGUGAACGGGGAGCUCAUACCGACGGGGCGAUAUGUCGAGUUGCGGGACAGGGACGUGCUGAAGUUUGGACUGAGCACGAGGGAAUACGUGCUUAUGCUGUCGACUGAUUAG